UGUACGUCAGUUCCUGGAAGGUGGAGACAUUUCCUGAGGCAUUUACAACACGGAGAGCUGUCCAAAGGGGAGGCUGAACCCCUUUCUGCACCCCAGGCCAGGAAGGUUAGGACCAGGCCAGGCCAUCCUGCUGUGGAGGCGCCACCCCAAACCCUGUGUGUGUGGCAGCUCUCCCAGCCCCUGCCUGGGCUCCUCUUGGCCAUGUCCCUGGCUGAAGCCAUCAACCUCUGGAAUGAAGGGGUGCUGGCAGCUGACAAGAAGGACUGGAAAGGGGCCCUGCAUGCCUUCAGCGCAGUCCAAGAGCCCCACUCCCGGAUCUGCUUCAACAUCGGCUGUGUGCACACCAUCCUAGAAAACAUGCCCGAGGCCGAGAAGGCCUUCACUAAAAGCAUCAACCGGGACAAGCACCUGGCCGUGGCUUACUUCCAACGAGGGAUGCUCUAUUACCAGAUGGAGAAAUACGACUUAGCCAUUAAAGACCUUAAAGAGGCCUUGACUCAGCUUCGAGGGAACCAACUGAUAGACUACAAGAUCCUGGGCCUACAGUUCAAGCUGUUUGCUUGUGAGGUGUUGUAUAACAUCGCUUUCAUGUACGCCAAGAAGGAGGAAUGGAAAAAGGCUGAAGAACAGUUAGCUUUGGCGACAAGCAUGAAGUCCGAGCCCAGGCAUUCCAAGAUUGAUAAGGCCAUGGAAAGCGUGUGGAAACAGAAGCUGUAUGAGCCGGUGGUAAUCCCUGUGGGGAGGCUCUUUCGACCAAACGAGAGACAAGUGGCCCAGCUGGCCAAGAAAGACUACCUAGGCAAGGCCACGGUUGUGGCAUCUGUGGUGGAUCAAGACAGCUUCUCCGGGUUCGCCCCUCUACAGCCGCAGGCAGCUGAGCCUCCGCCCAGACCCAAAACCCCAGAGAGUUUCAGGGCUCUGGAAGGGGAGGCUCAUCGGGUACUGUUUGGGUUUGUUCCCGAGACACCAGAGGAGCUCCAGGUCAUGCCAGGAAACAUCGUCUUUGUCUUGAAGAAGGGCAGUGAUAACUGGGCCACAGUCAUGUUUAACGGGCAGAAGGGGCUUGUUCCCUGCAACUACCUUGAACCAGUUGAGCUACGGAUUCAUCCUCAGCAGCAGCCCCAGGAGGAAACUUCCCAGGAACCUGACAUCCCACCUCCUCCUAGUUCCAAUGCCCCAGGGAGACCCCAGCUGUCACCAGGUCAAAAACAAAAAGAAGAGCCCAAGAAAACACAGCCCAGGAUUCCAAUGCCCAACACACUCAAGGUGCACUACAAGUACACAGUGGUCAUGGAGACUCAGCCUGGGCUCCCUUACAGCCAAGUCUGGAACAUGGUGUCCAAAAAACUGAAGCUCAAGCCGGAACACACUAAGCUGAGUUACCUGCCUCGGGACAGCAAUGAGUUGGUGACUCUUUCAGAAGAAAACAUGCAGGAUGCCUGGAGCCAAGUGAAAAACUUCUGCCUGACUCUUUGGUGUGAGAACACAGUGGGUGAUCAAGGCUUCCCAGAAGAACCCAAGGAAAGUGAAAAAUCUGACAUUAACAGCCAGAUAAAAGAAUCUCAGUUUAAAGGGAGCCAAGUGGUAGCACUCUUCAGUUACGAGGCUACCCAACCAGAGGACCUAGAGUUUCAGGAAGGAGAUGUAAUACUGGUGCUAUCAAAGGUAAAUGAAGAAUGGCUGGAAGGGGAAUGUAAAGGGAAAGUUGGCAUUUUCCCUAAAGCUUUUGUUCAAGAUUUUUGAAGACUGGGAAGCCAUGGAAUUGAACAGCACUUCUAGAGUAACCGAGGAUGUUUCAUGAUCUACAAACUUCAAAAAAAAUGAAGCUUAUUUGUUCUCAAGAUUUAUACCUCUGCUGUGUGUUAUGGAGACAUUACAAUUUGGUAGUGUUAACUAAAACCUAACUUUCUUGUUAAAAUUUCACCUAUUAGAUAAUAUAAGAACUCAGGAUAAAGAUUUCCUGAUGCAAGGAGAGGCAGGGAGUGAAUAAGGAUCUGGAAAAGCAUGAGCAGGUUUUCUAGAAUGCUGGCGAAAUUGAAGAUGCACUCGUUUUGUGAAAAUUCACUUAAAACUGCACUUUUAAUUAGUGCACAUUUCUGUAUAUGUGAUGCCUCCAUUAAAAAAACUAAAGAAAAAUCCAAAAAAAUAAAACAAGACACCCAGAGGCCAAAGCUAAGUGGAAACACUCUCGCUUCUGUAUGAUUAAUAUCACAGACCUGCGAGGUUUCAGGAAACCUCACAGGUCCUCAGAAGGAACACACAUAUAAAACAAACCUGUUCUUUUUUUCUUGCCAAAAGUUUCACUGCUUAAACAGAACACAAAAUCUACACUGAAUUAGGCUUCCAUGGAAAAACAGCAUUCAAUUCCACAGAGAAUUGAAACACUAGCAAUACAUUGCUUUAUGCCUUCUUAGAGAGGGACUUGUUAAAGAGUUCCGUGCUAAAUACAUUCCAUAACAAGUUAAGUGAUGAAAGUUAUAUUCAGGAAGUCAGUUGGUAAGUAGUAUUCUACUAUUUUAUACCUAUUCUUUAUGGAAUAUAUAUAGGGUUAACUUGGAUGAAGAAUCCCAUAAAAACUGGAUUGUAAGACCUGGGCUUAAUUACCUCUGCUUCUCCAUACAGAAUAUGUAGGGGUUUGCUAUUAGUUUUUCAAGUGGACAGGUGCUUAUGGAAAGUGCAGUAAGGAGAUGAGAUGUAGACUGAAUUAACACCUCAGCUGGAGGACAGGCAGUGUGAAUCCUGGCUGCCAGCAGGCUGCGAAAGGUCUGGCAGGUUACCAGGAGAGACCUGGGACAUGGAACACAACUAGAAGAAAAGUUACUCCAAGGCUAACACCAUUGGUGUUAAUCAGAUUUAGUGCAUUUUUAUAGGUCAAAAGGAUAAAUUAUCUUGAAAUUGCCACAUUAACAGCUAGAACAGGGAUGAAAAUGUGCUAUUACUUUCAUAUAACUCACUCUUCCUCUAUUAAAUAAAAGAAAAUCAGUUUUUUUCUAUAAUAAUUCAUUGGUUUAGAAUGCCAAGAAAAGGGAAAAUAACCCUGAAACACAUUCAAGGUUUGAUCAUUUUUGCUUUUGUCUGGAUAUCCUGCGAGUAGCUGAAUUCAUUAAGCUAGAUUUUCUUCAACACUGUAUUUUUUAGAAUAGGAAAUAAAUAAUAUACACAGAUAUGGUUGGAGAGAACAUGGUUUAAUUAAAGGCAAAGCUGAUUUCAGCAGCUGCAGGUCUUGUACAGACAGACAAAGAAAGAAAAGAAAAAAGACCGCCCCCCCAAACAUCAAACAAAAAUUUCCCACAAAAGUAAGUGUACUACACAAAACCAGUUUUGGAUGAAGAUUCUCCUCCCCCUCCUCAUUCCACCUGCAGUGAGGAUGGUAAGGUAAGGGACCCCGCUCCAAGAAUCAGAAAACAUUCCGAACAGCAAAUUCUCAUGCAGAAUGGGGCUGCAGAUGGGAACUGGGCACUACAGGGAGGGAGACAAUAAACCUGGUUAGCUUGUUUAGGGUGCAGGAAUCAGUGACGGUUCAAACACUGGAAUGUCGCAGCUGCCUGAAUGCAGAGCUCACACAAACUAGGUAAAGGCAGUAGGGAAGACGGAGGUGGGGAAAGGGCGACACAGGGAAGGGGUGGAGAGAAGCACAAAGGACUCUUCAUAUUGUCAUUAGACCGGGGAGGGGGGGUUACCCUUUCAGACCUUUCAAAAACAAAACAAAACAAAAGAAAAACCCUAAAUACCAUGUCAAACUAAAAGAGCAAUAAUGUAAGCAUAUGGGGGCGUCAACCAUUCUUUCUGAAGAGCAAUGAGCAUUAUCUAACCCCUUUCAAUUGCUGGGGUUGCCCAGACUCCAGUGACAACUGGGGCUCCUUGAUGUGCUUUGCUCUGCAGCCGUUCUCCAGCUAAGUUCCACACUAACUCCAUACAGUCAACACACAACCCAUUCCCUCCUGCAGGAGCAGACAGGUAUGUGUGGGUGUACACACACGCACACACACACACACACACACACACUCACACAC